AAGAAUUUUUAACUUUGUAUUCCUCACGAUCGCAUCUCGUCAUACGAUCAAGUUGUGCUCUUGAUUUGAAUGUUCAUCAUGAUAAUCCAAAUGCUCAGAGAAAUGUUAGAAAUACAAUUAUUUUACUCCGUAAAAUUAAUACAUAAAAUAUAUCUAUUUUCCACUUUAAUUACUUGAUUAAAAUUCGAUAUUCUUCUCUACAUACGCAGAAAAACAAGACCACUUUUCAUUUCAUGACUGAGUUCAACAGUUACAUAGUUAGAUAGUUAUCAUAAAGAACCUUUAUUCCCUUCGGAAUUACAUAAUUACAUAGUUACAUAGUUAUCAGAAACAACGUUUUUUCUCUUCGUAAUUACAUAGUUGUACACAUGUGUGACUUUGUAUGUUGACAUAACUGAUAACAUAAUGGACCAUCGAUAAUGGUAUAUGAUGAUCCAGUGUACAAUCACAAUCAAAAAAAUUAACGCGGAGGCCCUUCAGGAAGGCUAACAAAAAGAAAUGCAAAUGAUAGAUAGACACAAGUAAUCAAUAGCAUUCAAAAUCUUACUUUCACGAUUGUAUGUGCGACAGAAGACAACCGGGUUCAGUUUUCUCCUCCGAUACCACUUAUCAAAAAUUACUGCGAUUUUCAUCAAAAAAUGAAAAUCAACAAAAAGUUUUGAAAUAUAUAUUAUUCGACUUGAAUUUUGACGCUGAUCCUGAAAAUUUCGCCUAAAAUUAAGCGCAUCCAAUGAUGUAGACUCAUAUCCACAUAAUGACAUAUGAUAAAAAAACUGAAAGUAACACAAUUCAAGUCGAUUUUAGAUGGGUUUUCAAACUUGAUAUGAUUCGUUUAGUUUUAUUAGUUAAAACUGAUAUAGAUAAUGUGAUUUUUUUACGUCAAUUUACACAACAUCGACGAGAUCAUCAAACUCUGAUAGAGAAUAGUUGAUUAACCAAGCAAAAAAGAAUUUUUUGGAGCUAGCUUGAGCUAGCUAGAAGGAACAUUUACCUAGCUUGAGCUAGCUUAUUGUUCCUUUGUAGCUAAGCUACGUUUUUGCUUGGGUAGUCAAUAAAAUUGAAAACAGAAUAUUUUUAUCACGUUUUAUUCAAAAAUUACUCGAAUUUCCAAAAAAGUCUCUCUUAUUGUUGAAUGAACUGUAUCUAUUUUCACAAUAAAAAAAAUGCCACCUCUCUGCAUGUUCUUUUGUGUGUAGAUGAAUAAAAGAAAAAAUGAAUUUGAUAUGGAUGAUAAUAGUAAUCAACCAAAAGAAUUUGUAUGUAUCUUAUGUUAGUUAAAACCAAUUUAUGCACAAUGGCCGUAUCGUGGCUACAAUCAUUGUUUUUCCCUUUCAGACUUGGUCAAGUGGAAAUGGAUCUAUUAAUCUAUUAGUAAUUGGUGGAAAAGAUCCUGCAGAAUAUGGGCGACGGGUAUUAAAGGCAUUGUUUUCAGAAUAUGAUCUUGCUACAAAAUUAAUGCCAUCGCCCAGCGGAUGUAAAAGAUCUAAUCGUGAAUUAUUAGAUCCAGAUAAAAUAGUCGUUCUUAAAAGUAAUAAUUAG